GGCGCGCGUGAUGCUAUGUGUGUGUUUGGUCUGCAUGUGUUUGUGUAGUUUCAUUGAGAUUCAGAGAAAGAAGGACAAUGUCUCUUUGUUUCUUGAUUCCCAUCAGUCUGCCUGUAUUUACACUCCCUGCAAUCUGGAUUAUAUAUGCCAUAGCCCUGAACAAUCAACACAUCUGUCCUGUUAAUAACUGGCUUUAUAACUCAUCGUGUAAGACGCCUUUAGUCUUUCAGAGCACUUCUGACCUCUGCUGCACAUUAGACAACAUCCCACUUCUUAGUAAAUGUGGUGGUGUUCCUCCAGAGAGCUGCUGGUUCAGUCUGCUGUGUACGGCUUCAUCAUUCAUGGUGAUUGUGAUUGGUCUGCUGCGGUAUGCACAGGUGAUUCAUAAGCAGAGCAACAGUGUGUUAAACGUUGAGGGACUUUGUGCUGGUUGGCUCUGUGCUGCUGGACUGCUGAUCGUAGGAAACUUUCAAGUGGAUCAUGCUAAAGUUUUUCACUAUGUUGGUGCGGGUCUGUCUUUUCCUGGCAGUCUGUUGUUUGUGUGCGUCCAGACGCUGUUGUCGUACCGUACAGCUGAAACACACAGAGAUUUACACGUAGCUCAUCUGAGACUGACGCUCACCACACUGGCAUUGACCUCCAUCGUGCUCAAUAUCCUUCACUGCAUCUGUGGUGUAUUUUUUGUUCAGGAAAGUUUUGUUCUCCAGCAUGGAUCUGCAGUAUUGGAGUGGUUGUUUGCCCUCAUCAUUCUGCUGUUUUACGGCUCGUUCUCACACGAGUUCAGCUUCAUAUCUACAGAAACUCUCGUGAGUGUAUUGAGAAGACAAACUUCUUCUGAAAAAGACCAAACACUGGAGAAAUCACAGCCAAAGGUCUGAUGUAUUCAUGACAUAUUAUUGACCUGUGGUUUUAUACUCGCUGACAUUCUAGCAGCAACUUGAGCUGGAUUCUGAUUUAUAAGACACAACGCUGGGAGAAAUCUCUUCAUGUAUUCAAAGGUACCCCGACUAUGAAGACUAGUAUGCUUGAAUACUUUAGAUUUACUUUCAACUACUAAAAGUCAUUGAUAGAAACAAAAUAAAUAUUUCAUUACUUUAAAAAACCUCAACAUGUAAUACUCAUUUAAACCUUUGGAGGCCGCCAUUAUGUUUGUAAUUGAUGACGUAUAAGGGUUUUGGGGAAACAUUACUACAGUUUGCUAUAGCAAGAAUAGUGAGAAUUUUUUAUUUCACACAUUCUUAUCUUUCAGAUUGUCUUUAUCUUAAACUUCUUUAGUUAGUGUGAAGUUUGUCUGAAAACUUGUUAUUUACGUUUACCUCGCUGUAGCCUUCACAUCAUUUGAUGUCAUGUAUAAUGAUAAAAAACAAAAUGACAGCCUUAAAUUUAAAAAAGAGUUUUCAUGUUUAUUAAAACUAUGACAUUUACUGUUUUCAUUUACACAUUUAUAUUGCCAAUCCCAGUGUUAAUGUAAGUAAACCAUACAUGUGUUAUAACCACUAGAUCAGUGGGUAUAACCAGGGUACCUUUUAAGAGAUUAACUUUGAAUAAUAAAUACCUUUUUAGGAGUAAAACACAAAACAUUAUGGCAUGUUUACAAACAGAAACAGAUUCAUAUUUGGGUAUGAAUUAAAAAUAAAUGCAUUUCAGUGUGGUCAUAUUUUGUAACCUGUAACACUAUGAAAAAAAUCAGUUUGGAUCUUUCAUUUUCAUUAAGUAUCUGAUGAAUGUGUUAUUCAGGAUUAUUCUGGUCUGGUCUCAGGUCUGUCCUUUAAUGUGAUGAUUGUCCCGGUGUAUGUUGAAUUUACAAUUGUUUCAUUUCAUUAAAAAAAGUUUGUUAAAACUUUGAGAAGUUUGUCUGGAUUGUGUGAUAUUUAUGUAACAUUUCUGCAAUGUUUUUCUGAUGUUUCACAUCAUUA